AUGUGCGCAGCGGAGGUGGACCAGCAUGUGGCACAGAGAUUCCUGCUCCGGCAGCGGCUUGGCCAGGGGGCCUAUGGCAUCGUGUGGAAGGCAGUGGACCGCAGAACUGGUGAGGUUGUGGCCAUCAAGAAAAUCUUUGAUGCCUUCAAAGAUAAAACUGAUGCCCAGAGGACCUUCUGGGAAGUCACUCUACUCCAGAAGUUUGGGGACCAUCCCAACAUCAUCCGUCUCCUUGACAUCAUUCGAGCAGAGAAUGACAGGGACCUCUACCUGGUGUUUGAGUCUAUGGACACUGACCUGAACGCCGUCCUCCGUAAGGGCAAGCUGCUAAAGGACAUUCACAAACGCUACAUCUUCUACCAGCUCCUGCAGGCCACCAAGUUCAUCCACUCGGGGAACGUGGUCCACCGGGACCAGAAGCCAGCUAAUGUCCUCCUGGAUGCCAACUGCCGGGUAAAGCUCUGUGACUUUGGCCUCGCCCGCUCUCUGAGCCAGUGCCCCGAGGGGUCUGAGGGCCAUGCCUUGACGGAGUAUGUGGCCACUCGGUGGUAUCGGGCCCCAGAAGUGCUGCUGUCUUCUCGCUGGUACACCUGUGGAGUGGACAUGUGGAGUCUGGGCUGCAUCCUGGGGGAGAUGCUGCGAGGGACACCCCUGUUCCCAGGCUCAUCCUCCCUCCACCAGCUGCAGCUGAUCUUGGAGCACGUGCCGCUGCCCCCUGAGGAGGACAUCCUGGCUCUGGGCUCAGGCUACAGCGCCUCAGUUCUGCAGCGCCUGGGAGGCCAGCCACAGCAGAUGCUGGACUCCCUUCUGCCACAGGACACCCCCCCGGAGGCCCUGGACCUCCUCCGGCGACUCCUGGUGUUCACACCGGACCAGCGGCUGAGUGCCGCCGAAGCCCUGCAGCACCCCUAUGUGCGGAGGUUCUACUGUCCCACCCACGAGUGGACACUAGAGGCAGACACGCGGCUUCCGCUUCCCGAAAGUGUGCAGCUCUCAGCUGCAGAAUAUCGCAGUCGCCUCUACCAGAUGAUCCUGGAGCGGAAAGGCCACAGGCAAGUCCAAGGGUCAGAGGGCUCAGGGGCCACGCCACCAGUAGCAUGGCCCUGGGCAUCCCAGCCACAUCCUCAGGAGCCUGGAGCUGUCCUGCAGCCAUCCCUGGGGGCACCUGUCCAGAAGGCCACAGCCUGGCCUGCUGACAACCCCCUGCACGGUCCAUGCCCUCGACGCCCGCACAGUGUGGCCACUGCCCCUUUCAGGGCCCAGCCAGGCUCAUCUUACUACCCCCCAGAAGACCUCGGCAUGGCCCACAACGCUCCCAGACGCAGCUCUUCCAAGGCCGUGCCCAAGCCCCUGUUGGGCCCCUCGUGGGUGAAUCCCCACGUGACGUGGGCUGCGCCCUCCCUGACUGCACAGGCUGCAGCCGACGUGGUCAACAAGGUCCUGAUCCGGAGGGAGGCCCGAGGUCGUGAGGUGGCGACGUCUGGCACUCGUCCAUCCCUCACCACACAGGCCUCCCGAGGACCCCGAUGCAGCCCAGCAGUCCCGCUUCCCCAGGACCCUGGGCUGGAGCCCCGGCCAGGGCGUAGAAUGUUUUCCACCUCUGCCUUGCAAGGGGCCCAGGGAGCCGCCAGGGCCGCGCUUGGGGGCUUCACCCAGGCCUACGGGACUGUGUGCCACUCUGCACUGUGUCGUUUGCCCCUGCCCCCCAGACCAGGACCACAUGCGUGA